CCAGAAGGCUUAACAGCCUCCUCGUCUCUUUCGCUCUACACUGCCACUGCCUGGAUUAGAGCAUUUCCUCAGUCUGCAAUUCAAGAAUGCUUCCUUCUCUCAUUUCCCCUUACCAAUCCACCACUUUCCCCUUCCAAUUUCACUCUCUCCAUUCCAUCAAUCUUCUUCUCCCCAAAACCCUUUUCCCUGGUUUUCCAACCCAAGCCAAAAAUGCCCUCAAAACCUUCCUCCAUUUCCACAAAACACGAUCCAACAAAUCCUUCUCCAGCACCUUCAAUUCCCCUUCCUCCACUCACGCUUCUCUCAUCGAAGCUCCUAUUUUGUGGGCUGGUAGACUUUGCAUUUUCUAUGCCCUUCUAAGAGCUGGCCUUGCUGGAUCUCAAUCCAACCCGCUUGUCUCUGAUUUGGACUUAUCCUAUGGUGGUAGUGCUGAUGGAGAGAGCAGUAGUGAUUUGGGGUUUUCUAAAUGGUUGGAGAGUGUAAGAGGAAAGCCAGUGGAUGAAGCAGUUGAUAAAAGGAAACUAGUGAGCAAAUGGCACCCUACCACAAAGGGAACCCUCAGAAGGAACUACCGGGUGCCUUCAAAAUCCGAAGGACGACGUCUUCUUAAAGCCAUUGCAUCCCUCCUUUCCGACGAUGACCACUUCAUUGAUGCCACAUCUCACAAGGGUUGUCAAAUCAGGAGGGAAAGUGCUCAUGGGGAGAGUGUUUGUUGCAACAAUGUGAGAGCUUUGUUUGAUGAGCUUCCAACUCCACAUCUUAUUGUGGAAAUUACUCCAUUCCCUGCUGGGCCUCUCAAUGAAAAUGAUUACACAAAGGCUGAGAAACUAGAGAGAGUGCUUAGAUCUGGGCCUUCUGUUUGAGAUAUUUCUCAACUCUCUUUGUAUUAUUAUAUCUCAACUUCUUUGUACAGUGUUGAAGGUUGAAACUAGUCGAUCUCUAAUCUUGAUUAGGACGUGGCUUUUAGAAGAAUAUCUCAGUGUGAAACGUUUUUUUAGAGAUAUUUAACAAAGUUUCUAGCAGUCGCUUAAACUGA